AUGAUUAUACCAAAAUUAGAAAAUUCUUAUGAAAAUAUUUAUAAAUAUAUAUCACAUAUUAAUAUGGAUAUUAAUUAUAAAGAAUAUUAUGAUAAAUUUAUAUUAAAAUAUAAAUGUUUAGAUAAUAUUGCUAUAAGUGAAAUAUUUGGUGAAGCUUUUACAACACCAUUAUGGGAUUUUUAUACAUCAAAUGUUGACGUUACAGAAAUAAGUAGUAAGCUUUUUUUGGAAAAAACACCAUAUUUUUUUCUUAAUAUUCCUGAUAUUUAUGUUGAAAUAUUUAAAUGUCCAAGAAUUCUUUUAAAUGCUUGUUUUUUUUGUGCUGGUGUAAAAAUUGAAGAUGAUGAUGAAGAAAUUAUUGAUGAUAUUGUUGAAAAAAUGAAUUUUUAUACAGAUAUAACACAAAGUAUGAUAUUAUGGAUUAAACAAAAUACACCACAAAUAUGUGAUAGUUUAAAAAAUUAUAUUACAAAUAAAAUUACUGGAAAAAAUAUAAACUUUUAUAAUUUUAAAUCAAAAGUACUAACACCUGUUCAAAUGUUUUUGAUAAAAUCUUCAUUUACAACAUAUUUAUUUUUAAAUACAGACGAAUUUUUACAUAAAAGUGAAAAUAAAAAAAAAUAUUGGUAUAUAUUACAUGAUUUAACCUUGACCGAUACAAGUAUUCUUUCUCUUAAAAAAUGGGUACUUAAUAGUAAAAUGUCAAUUGUUUUUAUAUUAAAAAUAGUUGAUAAUUCUAUUUAUGUUUUUGCAAUUGAUAAACAUAAUAAUGAAAAUGAAAAAUAUUCAAAUAAUUAUGGAUUACUUACUAUAUUAUGUGUCAAACCAAGAUUUUAUAAACUAGUUGAUAAUGAAAUAAUUGAUAUUAAUACAUUUGAAAAUAUUUUUAAAAAUUAUUUAAAGAUAAAAAAAAAUUUUUCAAAUGUUAGUGAUGUAGAAAUUUGGAUAAAUGAAACAAAAAAUAAUAAUAAAAAAUUAUAUAUAGAUAAUGGUAUUAUAAAAAAAUCAUCAAUAAAAAAUAAUGGUUUUAAAAAUUUAGAAAAUAAGUUUUCAGAUGAAAUUAUUAUUUCAAUUGGUGGUAAGUGUAGUAAGAUGACAAGAAGAAUUUCUACAACAUCAAAUAUAUAA